AUGGACAAAAUUCCAACAAUCUACGGCAUACUGAAGUGGAAAUGUCCCCAACACAACUUAAUGCGCCAUGUCCCCGAGCUAAGGGGUACAAUUGCUGGGAAUAUGUGGGAGACGGCUCCUUCAACUGACAUAGCUGUUUCAGAGUUAACACACGCAUCUGCUGAAGUUAGUGAAAUAGUAUUUUUCUUGCUCGGCGCAAUGACCAUUGUGGAGAUAGUUGAUGCCCAUCAAGGAUUUAAACUGGUUACUGAUAAUAUUACUACUCGCAAGCCAAGAACUCUGCUUUGGGUGGUAGGUUUUGUGACCUUCUUUCUUAGUUCAGUCCUUGACAACCUGACCUCUACCAUUGUCAUGGUCUCCUUAUUGAGAAAACUGGUACCUCCGUCAGAAUUCCGGAAGUUACUAGGCGCUAUUGUGGUGAUAGCAGCAAAUGCUGGUGGAGCAUGGACUCCUAUUGGUGACGUUACAACUACAAUGCUGUGGAUUCAUGGUCAAAUUUCGACAUUGCAGACAAUGAAGGACUUAUUUGUGCCUUCAGCCAUUUCUUUAGCUGUCCCACUGGCUCUUAUGUCACUCACGAGUGAAGUCAAUGGGAAGGGACAGGAUUCUCCAAAUGUUUUGGCAUCUGAACAGAUGGCUCCUCGAGGACAGCUCGUUUUCUCGGUGGGAAUUGGGGCCUUAGUGUUUGUUCCAGUUUUUAAAGCUUUAACAGGUUUGCCUCCUUACAUGGGCAUGCUACUUGGACUUGGAAUUCUUUGGAUCCUAACAGAUGCCAUUCACUAUGGUGAAUCCGAAGGACAACGAUUGAAAGUACCACAGGCUUUAUCACGCAUCGACACUCAAGGAGCCCUUUUCUUCCUCGGAAUCCUUUUAUCCGUCAGCAGCCUUGAGGCAGCAGGGCUUCUUCGGGAAUUGGCAAAUUACCUUGAUGCCCACAUUCCUAAUGUCGAACUGAUUGCAAGUUCAAUAGGGGUCGUGUCUGCAAUUAUAGACAAUGUUCCACUGGUUGCAGCAACAAUGGGAAUGUAUGAUCUUUCCUCAUUCCCUCAAGAUUCUGAAUUCUGGCAACUGGUUUCCUUUUGUGCUGGCACUGGUGGAUCCAUGCUGGUUAUUGGCUCUGCAGCUGGAGUUGCAUUUAUGGGAAUGGAAAAGGUGGACUUUUUUUGGUACUUGCGGAAGGUGAGUGGCUUUGCUUUCGCUGGUUAUGUUGCUGGUAUAGCUGCGUAUUUAGCUGCUCAUAAUCUCAACAUCUCCCUCCCCACAACUGUAGCUCAGGUUCCUUUCCUUUCUGGUUCAUAAAUUAUAAAAUGUAUCUUUCAUGCUGGUGCAAAACUAGGCACCACAUCUCACAAAAUGUGGCAUUUCGCAUUAAAUUUAUUGAGUCAAGAAUGUGUAUGUAAAGCUGAUAGGGGAGUGAAAAAUAUCAUAUAUAAGAUCCUUUUGAGUUACACAUUUCUUCAAUUUUUCUUGAAAAUAAAAUUUGGGGAAGAUCAGAUCUCAU